AUGGGGCUGAACAUCACAAAGAUGCUCACACCCAGCAAGGCUCCGUUCUAUGGUAUCAUCCCAGGGAACGUGGCUACACCACUCGGUUCGGUAGUCCUGCCAGUUACCAUUCGGACCAAAGACAACUACUGCACAAAGUACAUCAAGUUCGAGGUGGCCGACUUUGAAUCGUCAUACCACGCCAUCCUCGGUAGACUGGCUCUGGCCAAGUUCAUGGCCGUACCUCACUAUGUCUACUUGCUACUCAAGAUGCUAGGCAAGAUAGGGGUACUCACAUUCCGCGACGAUUUAAAGAAGUUGUAUGACUGCGACCAAGAGGCGAUCGAGUACACCGCAACAUCACGCGUGCCAGAACAUUUGACAGAAGUCUUCGCAGCCGCACAAAAGCUCGCCGACUCAGAGAUAGAGGUAUCCUAUCAGAGACCCAGCCAGUCCAGGGUAAAACUCAACCCCAACGGCGUCAGCAUCAAGACCAUCCAGCUACGAGAAGGCGACCCAUCCAAGACAGCUUUCAUUGGAGGCGGCUUGAGUGACAAAUAG